CUGUUGUUCUUCUUCAUCAGCGCAACUGCUGCUGCUGAGCCAAAGAAAUCAUUAUCAGCAUUUGACUUCCACGAUGUUGACCCAAACACUCUGUCGUGUGACCCACAAGGCCACAUCUUCCUACUACUGCCCCACUACGUUCACUGCAACAAAUUCUACAUGUGUGCUCACGGCAACGAAGUUGAAUUUGACUGUCCAGCAACAACCAUCUUUGAUUUUGCUCUCCAGACUUGUAACCACGCUUGGGCGACUAACUGCACCCUGCGUACACGUAAGGAUGACGAGGAAGGCUCCGGGGAAGGUGUUUUCGACUUUUCGGACUUUGCUGACGUCAACUAUGAAGGUUCGUUAAAUAGCUUGACAGCUGAUGAAGUGAUAAGCAAAGUACGUCCCUUGGCCGUCGAGUCCCCCGUCAAACCCAGCUUUACCGGCUUAAACUGCCAGCGUUCAGACUCUGCUGCCAGACAAGUUGCUUACAAGGGUGAUUGUCAACGCUACUGGCGCUGCGUCAACGGCGUCCCACAAACAGCUUAUUGUUCCGAUGGACUCUUCUUCAACGAGCAUUCCGGACAGUGCGACUUCGAAGCAAACGUGAAGUGCGCAGAUGUCAACGACGAACUGGAAAACGAAUUUAUUGUUUACAAGAAGUAA